CCUGUCCCCACCCAUUCGCCAUGAAGCAGCUGUGCCUGUGCGCAGCCGCCUCCUUCGCGGGCCAAGACUGGGGCAAAAGUGACCAGCGCCUGCUCCAGGCCGUGGAGAACAACGAUGUGGCCAGAGUGGCCUCGUUGAUCGCUCACAAAGGGCUGGUGCCCACAAAACUGGACCCCGAGGGCAAGUCUGCGUUCCACUUGGCGGCCAUGAGGGGUGCGGCGGGCUGUCUGGAGGUGAUGCUCGCUCAAGGCUCAGACGUCAUGAGCACAGACGGAGCAGGUUACAAUGCCCUUCACCUGGCAGCCAAGUAUGGGCAUCCUGAGUGCCUGAAGCAACUCUUGGAGGCUUCCUGCGCGGUGGACAUUGAGGACAGCAGUGGGUGGACAGCCCUUCACCAUGCAGCGUCUGGUGGUUGUCUGUCCUGCUCGAAGCUGCUCUGCUCUUUCAAGGCACACCUGAACCCCCGGGAUCGGUCGGGUGCCACGCCCCUCAUGAUAGCCGCCCAGAUGUGUCACACAGACCUGUGCCGCCUCCUCCUACAGCAGGGGGCUGCGGCAGAUGACCAGGACCUGCAAGGCAGGACGGCCUUGAUGCUGGCAUGUGAGGGGGCCAGCCCCGAGACCGUUGGGGUCCUCCUGCAGGCUGGAGCCCAGCCGGGCAUCACUGACGCACUGGGCCAGGACGCCACUCACUACGGAGCCCUGACCGGGGACAAACUCAUCUUGCAGCUUCUGCAGGAGUCUGCGCAGCGCCCUUCGCCUCCCAGCGGUGUGCAAGCCCCGCCCCCCAUCUCCUUUUAG